GAUAUUGAACAAUCGACCAACAGCAGUGCACCGCGGCACUACAGGACGUUACUCGAGACAAUCAUAUAAUUUAAAAUCUGACGAAGCCAACCUGGUAUGGUUUUCAAUGUGUAAAUAUUUGAAGUUUUUCAAUAGUCAGCCCCGUGAUAUUGCUGUUUCGUGUUGAUAUCUUAUUCGCAUCUCCGUAUUCGAUCUCCCAAGCCAGCGCAGCCGUCACUGAGUUCCGUUUGUGCAAGUGCGUUCUAAUUCGACUUAGGAAGGUAGUCAGUCUGAUCUAGUGUUAAACGGCCCUUAAAUCGUAAUAUACAUGAGAUGACGAAGUUGGUUGCACCGUGAAACUCGCCGAUGGUCGCAGCAGGCGAAGUGGCCAAAGUGCCCGGGUGCAAAGCACAUCCAUGUACGAAUUUGGCUGAACCAUCACCCGUCGGCAAAAAGCGGAAGGGGCCGGUCACUGCUACCAUUGAACGAGGUCCGCCGAAUACCAGCGGCCAGGAACGGCCACCAAAUGUGGUGAUCACAAUUCAUCAGGGGGGAAAUCAGGGGGCACGAGGACAUGUGCGAGUUGAGGGCGGUGGACUGUACAUCGUCAAAGCUAAACUCUACCACGAUAAAAUCAGGUACAUCGUUGCAUCGGAAGAAAGACGCUUUUAUAGGGAAGUAGACGUAAAGAUGAUCGACUCCUCAGAACCUGCAAAAAUGACGAGAGUAGUUCUUGAAGCAAAUAACGAAUACAUAGAGGAGUUCGUAGACCAGCAGCUCGCCUGAAAACACUAGAACGGCGUAUCACCAUCCAUGGAACGCGCAUCUCUUGCGCAUCUAUUGAACCUGCAGGUGCCUCGGGCGUGUCCUAUGGGUCUAUAGCAUCUGUACAUUGCAGAUGGUCACAACGGAGAGAAGAGACCAGUUUAGCGUUAUUCGUUAGAGAGGUUUCGUUACGAUGUUAAACGCAAGGCAGAUUGAAGGUUGGCCUUAGAAAUAAAGUAAAAAUUAAUGCAUAUUGUGGCGCGUACCAUUGUUGCCUAGUUCGACGGGAUAUUGGGUAGUUAAAUGCAGAUAAACAUGCCUGCUUAAUUGA